AUCAUUAUAUUUUUAGGUUAAUUAUCAAAAACGCUUAUUUCUUUGAUUUGAAUUUUCUUCAUUUUAUAACCAAAUUUUAUAAAACAUAAAAACGAUGCCGUCACAAGUAAAAAAGCUAAAAACGAAAAUUUUGAAAAUUGGUAUAAAGCAAACCAAAGGGCAAUUACCACAUUAUAAAGUACAAAACAAGCUCGACCAAGGAAAAAGAAAAUCUUCUCUUAAAUGUUUACAUAUGAACUCUGUGGCCAAAGGGAAUGAAGGCGCUCUGAACAGUCUGCUGCCUGACAGACCGUCAGACAGAAACCAGAUACUCGUAGAGUGUAAUUUGAGACGUAAAAGGAAAAUGUACACCAAUAUGAGAAGGACGCAACAUUCUGUGGGCCCUUCCUUCCAGAGGAACGACUCGUCAGGAGUACGGUUAACAGGAAACAACCAAACUUACAAUCAGCAUCGCGACAUUUCACAGCAAAAUCCCAUGGGUUCACCAAUAGUAGUAGAAGCUGUGCCAAAAAAUUUAUCCUCACCAAGCAUACCUGAUGCACUUAAGCAAAAAGAAGAAAGCAAAAUGGAAGGCCAUGAUGUUCAUAAUAACCCAUUACAUAUGCAAAGUAUGGGGAACGUGGCCUCUGUCAUUGUUGGUGAAACAUUAAAUCCAAAUGAUAAUUUAUACAAUGGAGCAAAGGAUACUAAAAUCGUAUCACCAUCCACUAGUAAUUGCAAACCAUGUAAGAAUAAAAUGCAGUUACAAAAUAGCAAUUCCAAUACUACUCCCAUUCAAUCAGCAAAAGCUAGGAGACCUCCUGACAUAUGCUAUCCUGGAAGUAGCGGCCAUAAUAGCGCAAAAUCUAAUACACUGAAAACAGCAACUUCAAGUAAUAAUGUUGUUGUUGUCAGCAAUACUGUUAAUACUGUUGGUACUAUUGAGGAGCGCACGAUACGAUUUUAUCCUCUUAGGGAGAAAGUAGUCGCAAUUAUGCCGAAAAACGCACGAUUUUCCUUUACUGGAAAGUUAGAGGUAAAUGUAUUAUAUGGGGCUAUAGAAUCUUAUGGAUACGUCACUACCACAUGGAAUAGUCCAGUCGGAAUUUAUUCACCAAGAGGACAUAGUAACGUUAUGAUCGAAACGAGUGACAAAUUUUCAAACAAUAUGAUAUCAAAUGUAUGGAUAACUUUGUCCGCAGAACCCGCUGAAAAAAAAGUCGAGGACAGACUAAAGAAAGACAUCAGAGGAAUUAAACCCGGCAUGGCAGUUGUUUUGUUGUCAAAUUUGGAAAACGAUCUGACUAGAUUUUUAAGUGUAUUUUAUCCAUUUAGGCUAUUUCCAAGAGUAGACGAUCUAUCUUAUCAUACUUUGAGUGAGCUCAGGAAAGCUGAAAGAAUAUUACAGUCGGAUCUUCAUGUUGAUAGUUACACGUGCAAGGAAAUAAUUAUUAACCAACAUAUUAUACAAGAAAUUAGUGACAAAAUGUUGAUACGUUGCUAUGAGAACAAAUGGUCAUGCACCGUAAUAGCCGGUGGAAAAAACGUCGGGAAAUCAACUACACUGCGAUACUUGAUAAAUACUCUACUACCUGUUUCCAAAAUAGUGGUUCUUGUAGAUUUUGACAUAGGACAAGCGGAAUGCACACCAGCUGGAUGUAUAUCGUACACUUUAAUCGAAGAGCCCUUAUUGGGACCAAACUUCACGCAUUUAAAGCCUCCGAUUCUUCAAUUAUAUAUCGGAGAUGUGGAUGUGUCACAAUGCGUUUCACGAUACGUCGACGGUAUCAAAUAUUUGGUUAAAAAAUUGUUAUGUUGCCCGAUUUUGACACGCCUACCUAUCGUCGUAAACACUAUGGGUUUUGCACAAGGUUUAGGUUUGGAUAUCAUUUUGUUUACGAUCAAAUUGAUGCGACCUUCUUUUGUUGUACAAAUUAUGUCUGAGAAGUCAAAGAAUAACUAUAUCAUACCCUUGAAUAAAGAAGCAAUAAAUGCAGAGGAAUUACCGUGGUCGGAUCAUAGUACGAAUGGUAUUCCACCAUGCGAGCACGAAUUAUUCGUGAUGCAGUCAAAAGCAGAACGUAAAGGUGGUCCGGCAUACGACAAUUGGAACAUGGAGCCAUAUCAAAAACGAGAACUUGUAAUGAUCUCCUACUUGAGUGAAAUUUUACAAAACCCUUGGAAUACCUCGGAACGCCGAAACUCACCGUUACCAAACGUAGUCCAAUCUAUUCCAUACGUAACAUCUAUCGAUGGGUUGCACGUUUCACUUCCACGACUGUCAGUACCUGCGUCGCAUGCGUUAAGUGUAAUGAAUGGCAAUGUAGUAGCAUUAUGCGAAGUCAAAGCAGAUAACAAUCGAUGGAAGCAAGGUAUAUAUACGCUUGGCCCAUAUAUGUUAAACACAUCCAGUAUAUGCACAUGUUAUGGGUUUGGUAUCAUCAGAGGAUUUGAUUUGCGCCGACGAGAGGUGUAUAUAUGUACACCAUUACCGGCUGCUUUAAUGCGGCAGGUGAAUUGCGUGGUGGGAUGUAUGCCGAUGCCGAAUUCGCUACUAUACGGCAAUCAGCGCAACAUCCUACCUUACCUCGGUGCAAAUAAUGUUUUACCACUGUCACGGCAACAUCGCAGGGGUCAUGUUGCCAUGUGAAGUGCUAAACAACUCUUAAUACAAUAACGAUAAGUGUCUAUAACAUAUUUUGGUGUCUAUCAAGAAAGUGUUGCGUAUAUAUCAUCUAUGUGGUUACAUCUCUUAAAAAUACGCAUACGUAAUAUUGUUCUUCUCUUGUUUCCUUAUCUUUCUCGUUGUUCUAUUCUCGGUGUUCCAUUCUCGUUGUUCCAUUCUCGUUGUUCCAAAUAAAAAGAAAAGUAUAUAAAUGUUUGAUGUAUUUAAAAUGUGUUUAAAGUAGACAUUUCAGAGAGAAAGAGAAAGGGAAAGGGAAAGAGAAAGAGAAAGAGGAAGGGAAAGAGAAAGGGAAAGAGAAAGAUAAAGAUGCAAUUUUAACGGAAAAGACAGAAACGGUUGAAAAUACUGCGAGGUAAAUGUUGUAUCUUGAUGUAAUAAAAUUCAAAAUAAAUGGGAAAAA